UUCCAGGUUCUAAAGCUAUAUUCAUGUUUCUAUCAUCGGUGUCAAAGUCAAAGACGAUACUUCAUAGUUUGAUAACAUUUCGCAAUAUUUUUGAGUAAUUUACGAGAUAAUCGUAUAGUAUAAUAAGAAAUGGCAGAUCCUAAAUACGCCGAUUUACCUGGAAUUGCAUACGAUCAGCUUGAUGUCUACGAAACGAGCGACUUGCCAGAAUCAGAGCAAAUGCGAAUGUAUUGUGAGGAUGAAUCCGAUAGCUCUUGUGUCGAGCAAUUACACAUUAGUGCUAAAGAAGCAUUCAAUAAAUUUAAAGGCAAACAAAUUGUUGGAAAACCUGUUGAUUUCUCAGAUCGUUUGUCUAAUAAGCCAAGGACAGGAUAUAAAUUUGGGGAUUGGGAACUUGUUAGCGAAGGUGAAAAAGAGACUCCUCUUCAAAAAUAUCAGCGACUACAAUGUGAAAUUAAGGAAUUGUAUGAAGAAGUGAAUGAAUUGAAGGAAAAAUCCAAGGAUGAACUAGAAAUCAAGUCUGCAAGUGAGAUUAUUUCUCAGGCACAGCAAAUAGAAAAGCAGUUGGUUUCUUUAAAACUCGAAGAUUGUCUAGAACCUGAUGUUGUUGCAAGUUUAUCAGAUCCACAAGGCAUAAUGCUCAAACAAUUGAUAUCACAGAUUGAAUUAUUUAAGCAAACUAGUAUGCCUUUAUCUAAAUUAUCAUCAGAAGAUACAAAAACAGAUGAAUCAGUUGAACAUGGUGUUCUUAAAUAUCAGAUGAUGUAUUUCCCAGAAAAAGCAAGAAUGCAGGAAGCUGCAAGGAUUGCACAGCUCGAACAGAGACUUUGCUGCCUAGAAAAUCUCAUAGGGACAAGUAACGAUAAACUUUCUAAAUUCUCACAGAAUCUCAAGUGUGAUGGCAUAAUGGAAGCUGUACAACAAUUAGAAGCAAAGACUUCAUUGUUAGAUGUUAAUCAAUUGGAUACCAUUGAAACGAGAUUGGGCACUUUAAUUUAUCGAAUGGAUAGCAUUGCGCAGAAAAAAGCAACAGCGGAACAAGAUUCUGAGCAAGAGCAAAAGAUCUCAGAGAUGUAUGAAAUCAUGAAAAGAACAGAUGCUAUAUCGCAAAUAUUACCACAAACAGUAGAAAGGCUAUUGAUAUUGAGUGAUAUUCAUCAACAAGCUGCUGCCUUCAGUAAAUCUUUAACAAGAUUAGAAGAAUUGCAAGCAGAGAUCUCAUCAGGAUUGGAUAGUAACAAGUCUCUAUUGAAAGGUGUGCAGGAAAGUUUCGUCUCCAAUAUGGAAGUUAUAAAGAGUAACAUAGCAUUGCUUGAUGAACGUAUUCAGAAACUUAAAAAGUGAUCAAAAUAGGAAUAUUAUAUCUAUUUGCAAAAAUAUUACUAUAUUGAUACCAUUUUCUAAGAUUACUUUAUUUAGAGCAUUUAUAUACUCUUAUUAUAUUGAUACUAUUUAUUUAAUAUAAUUUAUAAAUUUAUUUGCUUUUAUA